AUGGUUAUAUGUACCAUGCUAAGCUAUUGGGUACCGAUUACCGAAGUAGAAUGGACAAAACUUGUUCGCGUCAGUGAGGAGGUGCCAAUUGUUUGCAUGGAUUUAUUGUCAGAACCAUUCAAACUUUCUUCUGGUGUUAAGGAUUGGAUUGCUGUUGGAGAUGGUAAAGUAAACAUGACAGUUGUUGGCGUUAUAUAUGGUGCUUGUACCCCUAGAGUUGGUUUUGCCUUUACUUGGUCAGCUGGAAUAGAAAGACAACUCCUUAGAGCACAUUGGUGCCAGUCACUAGGUUACGGGUUCAUCUUCACUACUGAUCCUAGAGGAACAUUGAAGCUGUGGAGGCUGUGUGAUCACUCUGCAACGAGCUGUGAUGUGUCUCUUUUAGCUGAAUUCACAUCAAGUUUCGGAAGUAGAAUAAUGUGUUUAGAUGCAUCUUUGGAGGAAGAGUUAAAUGUUGUUUCAUCGUUGGUACAGAGAUGUUCUCCUGGUCAGCUGCUGACCAGGGGAACGGGACCGUGCUUAGGAGGCAGAGCUAGGGGUCGAGGUAGACCCAGAGGCAGGGGUAGUGCUCGAGGUAGGGGCAGGAUUCCUCCUGUUGAGGAGAUUUUUGAGGAUGAUGUCCAGGCAUUGGAUGUUGAGCUGCCUGUUCCACCUGUUGUGGAGGUCGUGAAUGUUGUGGAUGCCACUCGUUUGUCAACGUUGGCUAAGGAGAUUUAA